CCAUUACGUCAUUAUUGUUAUGGCCCUUCGAGAACAAAACAAACCGGUCAUUGUCGAAAAAGGCUGCCGUUUAAUUAUUGAAAGUCGAUCAAGAUAUCUCUACGAGGAAUGAUAGUGAGAGGAAUUCACUAGGUAUGGACAUACCACAGAUAUUUGUUCGACAAGAGGAGUUUUAUAACGAUUUAUCAAGCCCAGAGCCGUCACAAGUUGAAGAAGGGCCCUCCAGUUCAAUGGACUAUGAUUACCUAAGGUUACCAACAGGACGUAGACGUCUAAAGCGAGAUAGUAUGUCUAGUGUGGACAGUAAUUCCUCAGAAAAGCUCUCGGUUGAUGAAGAGCAUACGGAACAAAACAAACCAAGCGAAACCCCCAAGAAAGCGGGGAAAAAGCGCGGUCGAAAACCAACACAAAUGAACUUAGAAGCGAAACUCGAACGAAGUCGACAAUCUGCCCGCGAAUGUCGAGCGCGAAAAAAAUUAAGAUAUCAAAGUCUAGAAGAUACAAUAGCCGAAAAAGAGGCCAACGUUUAUGCUUUACGAAAGGAAGUGAACAAGUACAUUGGUUGGGCCAAAGCAAUCGACAACGGAACUCUGCCAGACGAUUUGGCACAUUUCCUUGACAAAGCCAAAACUAAUGUGAAAUCAAAUGUCUAAAUUGGCAAGCUAUGUUGUCCCACAUGAUACCUCAUUUUGAAACAUAGCAUUGUUAUGCACUAUGGUUACCCCUCCACCACCCAUCCAACCACAAAAGGUACAGACUAAUUUGCACACACCUAAGAUGAGAUAUUGAUCCCCCAAGCAGACAAACUAUAGAUUAAUAUUACAGAUUGUUACUUUUGUCCCACAUGUAACCAUCAAACAACCAUUCACAAAGUGCCUAUGUCUAUCUUGUAAUAGCAAUAUUUCCAUGCGAAUCAAGUAAAUUAAAUUCCCCAUUGAGUUACUCAAUUACAAGAAUAUUAAUAUGGAAAUGUUAAGGAAUCUUAUGUAAAUGAAAUAAGCAUUGUGUAAAAAACCAUGAAUCAUGGUAUAAGACCAAAUAAACACAUCAAAUUGAAUAAUGAGUCUUAUGUAUUGUUUGGUUUUGCAUGUACCUGGGUCAUAAUUGAUGUUAACUUGGAAAGCUAAUUGAGCUAGAUUCAGACACAAGGUUUUCCUUAUCUUAUUUACUCAAUAAAGUGUGUGCCAAAAGGGAAAA